CCGAAGGGGAGUAAGAUUGUCUUGCUCACGGCAUCGGACGGCAAGGGCCAUAACAACGAAAUCAAGGAUCUUUUCCGAAACGUGAAUGAAAACCGCGAGGAUUAUUGCGCCUACCACAACUACACAUAUCAAUUCUCAAACAUCACAAAGUACCAGAAAGACGGCCGGCCGGCAGUGUGGGGAAAGAUCCCCGCCAUAAUCGAGGCCUUCCAAAUCAACCCCGACGCCGAAUGGGUCUGGUGGCUCGACACCGACGCCAUCAUCAUGACUCCCGCGCUCGACCUCGCGUCGCUCGUGCUCAGCCCGGAGGUCAUGCAGACGCGCAUCACGGCCGGCAAGAAAAUCCGCCUGCCAAACGGCAAGACCUCAGGCUACAACGUCUCGAGCACGAUCGACCCUUCGAUCGUCGACCUCGUCGUUGCACAAGACCACCAUGGCGUCAACGCGGGCUCGUUCAUGAUCCGCCGCUCGGAGUGGACAGCCCAGUUCCUGAGCCUAUGGCAAGACCCGCAAUUCAUGAAAGCAAACUACGAGCGUCUCGAACAGGACGCGCUCAAUAAAAUCAUCACCAGCAACCCGGAAAUGCAAAAACACGUCGCCUUCGUCGACCUCCGUCUGAUCAACGCCUUCUCCGUCGGCGCUGACGACAUGGGUUGGAUCACGGGCGACCUCGUCGUCCAUUUCGCGGGCUGCUGGGUCACCAGAGAAUGCGACUCGCGAUGGCGCGAUUUCUGG